AAGUAGGACGGCUGUCUACUUUUCUGGCAGCCGACUCAUGGGCAAAGAAGUGUAACAGGAGUUUGAUGUUUGUGUCUGCUUCCCCAAGGUCAAGGAAUUACCUCCUUAGAAGGCAACAGUACUAUGCAUGUUAUGAAUUGUGUCUCCCUGGCCAGCGAUAAAGAAAAUGGGACUGUUGCCACUGCAGCUGGGUUCAUGAUCGGGCAGACAGCACCCCCAGCGUCUCCUCCACCUCCUCCUCCACCCCCUCCACCAUGCCUACCAUCAGGGGAAGGCUUUUCACCCUCCCCACCUCCUCCUCUGCCACCUCCACUCCCAGGGGGGCCUCCUAUACCCCCUCCACCUCCGCCACCACCGCCAGGAUUACCCCCAACUUCUCACAUGAACGGCUACAGUACCCUGGGUAAGAAGAAGCGCAUGCGAAGUUUUUUCUGGAAAACCAUCCCAGAGGAACAAGUGCGGGGCAAGACAAACAUCUGGACCUUGGCGGCCAGGCAGCAGCAUCACUACCAGAUUGACACAAAGACCAUUGAGGAGCUCUUCGGGCAGCAGGAGGACACCGCCAGGUCUUCUCUCCCCAGGAGAGGAGGAUCAUUUUAUUCCUCCUUCAGAGAUUCCCGGGAAGAGAUUACCAUCUUGGAUGCAAAACGGAGCAUGAACAUUGGGAUAUUUCUUAAGCAGUUUAAGAAGUCUCCUCAAUCCAUUGUAGAAGAUAUUCAUCAGGGAAAGAGUGAGCAUUAUGGAUCAGAGACACUUCGAGAAUUUCUUAAGCUUUUGCCAGAGUCAGAGGAGGUAAAGAAGUUAAAAACAUUUAAUGGCGAUGUGUCCAAGCUGUCCCUGGCCGACUCUUUUCUUCACUACCUAAUUCAGGUGCCAAACUAUUCACUUCGAAUCGAAGCCAUGGUGCUAAAGAAGGAAUUUUUACCUUCUUGUUCUUCUCUAUACACAGAUAUAGCCAUUUUAAGAACUGCUACAAAAGAGCUCAUGUCAUGUGAGGAGCUCCAUUCAAUAUUACAUUUGGUGCUCCAGGCUGGGAAUAUCAUGAAUGCUGGAGGGUAUGCCGGCAACGCAGUAGGAUUUAAACUAUCUUCUUUGCUCAAAUUGGCAGACACAAAAGCAAACAAACCUGGGAUGAAUCUUCUGCAUUUUGUCGCACAGGAAGCUCAAAAGCAAGAUGCUGUUCUUCUAAACUUUUCUGAAAAGCUGCAUCAUGUUCAAGAGGCUGCAAGAUUAUCUCUGGAUAACACCGAGGCGGAACUGCGCUCCCUCUUUGUCAGGACGAGAUCGCUUCAGGAAAAUGUCCAGCAGGAUGGGGAGCUCUGCCAGCAGAUGGAAGAUUUCCUUCAGUUUGCCAUGGAGAAGCUGUCGGAACUGGAGCACUGGAGACGGGAGCUGCAGGGAGAGGCUCAUACCCUCAUAGAUUUUUUCUGCGAAGACAAAGAAACCAUGAAGCUGGACGAAUGCUUCCAGAUAUUCAGAGACUUCUGCACCAGAUUCAACAAAGCAGUUAAGGACAACCACGACCGAGAGCUGCAUGAACAGAGGCAGCUGCAGCGGCUAAGGGAGCUGGAACAGAAGCGGCGCUCCUGGACGGCAGGAGAGCUGGGGGGCUUUGGCAGGAGCAGCAGCGAGAACGAUGUCGAGCUACUGGCCAAGAAGGGCACGGAGGACCUACCCCCUUUCCUGCAGCCCAGACCCAUCAGCCCUUCCUACCGGCCCCCCAACAUGCGCCGCUCCCGCCUGUCCCUGGGUGCGUCUGCUGACCGGGAGCUGCUGACCUUCUUGGAGAGCACCACGGACAGCUCGGAGGGGCCCAACAAGUUCAACAGCUUGCCCCGGAACAGCGCCCGGCAGCCCCGGCCCACCAUGGCCUGGAUGGGACCCAGAGAGCCAAAGGACCCCGACCCCGACUUCACACCCACCCCUCCCGCCUCUGAAGGCCUGGAGAAAGCCCCCAACCCACCCUCAGCUUGGCAGAGUGCCCCCCAGGCUGCAGAGCCCGUCCCCCGCGCUCGACACGAGGGGGUCGGGGUCCUGCGGAAGAGGAACAGUGAGCCGGCGGGCUUGCGGCCCGCACCCGUCCCUGCGCUGUCGCCACUCGCUCUGGGCGUCAAGGAGCACGAGCUGGUGACCGGGCUGACCCCGUUCGACCUCCAGGGUGCCGAGGCGCCCCUGCCCACAUCCCCAUUGACGCCGAGUGACCUCAGCCCUGGGGAGCAGGAGCCCCCAGGGCGGGGCAGCGACAGCCCGACCCCCGUGGACGAGGCCCCCCAGGAGAGCCUCGACGCCGCCCCGGAGGGCGCCGGGGCCGCCGCCGAGGAGUCCGUGGGCAGCAGUGACCCGGAGAGCCAGGACCCCGGGCGCCUGUUCUACAUCUCGGACACCACCGACUGCUCGCUGACCUUGGACUGCUCGGAGGGCGCCGAGCCCAGACCCGGAGAUGGGGAGAGGGAAGGGAGCGACUCCGUGUCCUCCGGGGCUGGGGAUCUGGGGCCCUGCCAGGCUCCUGCGCCCGCCUCCCCGAAAGCCGGGCUUGGCUGCAAGGCCGGCCCGCCCCGGGACAGAGCCCUGCGAGGGAAGGACGCCGCGGCCACCCCGAAGAGGGGCUCCCUCAAAGAGGCGUCUCCGGGGGUCCCCAAGCCCGCGCCGGCGCGGGGCGGCCGGCUGCCGGGGAAGGAGGCGGCCCCGCUGCAGCGCAGGGGCUCCCUCAAGCCCAGCGCCAAGCCCCUCAGGAACAUCCCCCGGCCCAAGCCCGAGGACAGCAAGCUCUCCAGCUCCGAGAGCCCUGCGGACGAGCCCGGCGCCCCCCGGGGCCCGGCCCCCAUCCCCAGCUUCGCCCGAAAUACUGUGGCCUCCUCGUCCCGGUGCCUGAGAACCGACGUCCCGCCCGCCGCCAAAGCCCGCGCCAUCACCAGGACCGUCUCCCAGCGGCAGCUGAAGGUCAAGGGCGGCCCCGAGGACGCCGGCCCCAGGGACGGCACCCUGAGGCGCGCCAGCAGCGCCCGGGCCCCCAGAAAGUGCCCCGAAUCCCCCGAGGGGCCCGACGCCGACAGCCCGCUGAAGGCCAGGGGGGCCAGGGACAGGACCUCCCUCCGGCUGAAGGACGCCGGGCGGGCCACGCUGGGGCGGAUCCUCCAUCCUCUGCAGAAGUGA